AUGCGCGCAUCCUGGUCUCCCGUGCUUGUGGUGCUCCUGCCGACGUUCGCGGCCGCUGGACUUGUGGACCAGGUCGAGCGUGCGUUGCUGAGCAUCACAGAUUGCGGAACAUGCCACUCGGCGCUCCCGACGUUCAAGGCCGUCGCGAACCUCGGCGACGCUGCGUUCGUGCGCACGAUCACCGCGGCGUGCAUCGACCUCAAGAUCGAAGACCCGGACGUCUGCGAGGGCGCGAUCCGCACGCAAGGCCCCAUCCUCGCGCACGACCUGCGGCACUUCUCGCUCUGGGGGCAGACGGCGACCAAGUUCUGUGAGGCGGUAUUUGGGCUGUGCGAGCCGCCCGCGGUGAACGCGUAUGAGGUGCCGUUCCCGAAACCUGCGCCGGAGACCCCGAAGACGUUCGUGUCCAGGGGGAGGCCGCCGUUCCAGAUGAUGCAUUUCAGCGACGCGCACAUUGACCGGCAGUACACCGUGGGCGCAGAGGCCAGCUGUACCAAACCGAUAUGCUGUCGUGAUUACGAGAAGAGGUCGAAGCAUGUCAAGAUGCCAGCCUUGCCUUUCGGGAGCAGAAAUUGCGACGCUCCGACCCCUCUGGCAGACUCGAUGCUUGAAGCUGCCGAGAAAUUCGGCGCAUCUGCCAAGUUUUCGAUCUUCACUGGAGACGUGAUUGACCACAUCGCUAACAAUCGUGGCUCCAUCAGUGGUGUCUCCCAAGAUAUGCAGACGUUCAGCGAUCAGAUGGCGGCGAUAUUAAGCGCACCUCUAUUUCCUGCAUUGGGUGUGUAUUCCUCUCCCCCAACAAACAGCUUCCCACGUAACACCACCGAGCACGAGAUUACCUCCGAAUGGGUCUUCAAUGCUCAACGAGCGGGUUGGAGUCAAUGGAUUGGCGAGGAGGCUACAAAGCAGCUCCGGCAUCACUCAGGCAGCUAUUCGACUAUGGCUCCCAACAUGAGCCUUCGCAUCAUCUCUUUGAACACUCAAUAUUGGUACAAACAGAAGUAUGUCAUGUACCGUGUUGUGAUGCGGGAUGUGAUCUCUAAUACAUGCCCGCGCGCAGUUUCUGGCUAUAUGACAGCGACACGCAACAGUACACCAGAUCCAAACGGUAUCCUGGCCUUUCUCGUGCAAGAGCUACAGGCUGCCGAGGAUGCAGGCGAGAGAGCAUAUAUCAUUGCACACAUGCCACCGGGCAGAGGCGAUGUCAUGCGUGAUCAGUCCAGUUACUUUGACCAAGUCAUCCAGCGAUAUAAAAAUACCAUCGCUGGACAAUUCUAUGGACAUACCCACGCGGAUGAAUUUGCUAUCGGCUAUUCGAAUUAUAGCGAGCAGACCGCUGUUAAUGCCAUGAGCGUAGCUAUGAUUGGGCCUGCAUUAACUCCCAUGAGCGGCAAUCCAGCUUUCAAAAUCUACGACAUCGACCCGGAUACGUUUGAGAUCAUGGAUGCGCGGACCUAUAGAGCCAGAUUCUACGAUCCGCAUUAUCAAUUAGAACCUACCUGGGAGCUGCUGUACAGCGCGAGGGAGCUCUACGGGCCCAUAGUACCGUCGUUCUCAGGGAAGGGCCCCCUCAAUCCGGCGUUCUGGCACGACCUUACGGAGGUAUUUCACAAGAAUGACACGGCGUUCCAAACCUACAUCGCGAAUAAACCGCGCGGCCGCGAGUUCAUCUGGAGCCCGUGCCAAGGCGCGUGCAAGGAGGGAACGCUGUGUGAGAUGCGCACGUUGCGUUCCGAUGUCUGUGUAUGUCUCCAUUCGACCUCCCGAUGA